UUCAGCCUAUAUAAUACAGUUUCCGACCACAAAGUUUAUUGUUUUCCCCAUCAACUCUACGCCGAAACAAAAAAAAAAUUAUCAACGAGCAAUGUCGAUUAAGCUUCAGUCCAAAGACGGAGAAGUGUUCGAGGUCGAGAAGAAGGUGGCAAAGAUGUCGACCAUCAUAGCAUUCAUGAUGGAGGACGUGGAGGAUGGCAUAAUCCCCAUCCCCGUAGCCGCCGCCCCGACCCUCUCCAAGGCCCUGGAGUACUGCAAGCACCACGUGUCCGAGCCGAAACCCGAACCGGACCCCAAGGAUUGGGACGCGAAGUUCAUGAGACAGUUUGACGGGAAUUUCCCCGAGCUGGUGGAGUUUAUGAAGCUGGCCUCGUAUCUGGACAUAAAGGGUAUGCUGGAUCUGGCCGCGUCAAAGGCCGCGGAUUUCAUCAAGGACAAGUCGGUCGAGGAAGUCCGAGAGCUUUUCGGCAGCGAGAACGAUUACACGGCCGAGGAGGAGAAGGCUCUACGCGCCGAGUUUCCAUGGGCUUUUUAGUUUUUCUACUCUUAUAUAUGGUCGGGACUUUCCCCCCAACUUCUAAUAAUUU